AUGCCUCCUAAACGCCCCAUUGAACAAGAUGAAAAUGCCGAAGCAGUUGACUGGAGUCAAUAUCUAGUCACUCAAUUAAGAGCCGAGCUUGAACGACGUCAACUUCCCAAAACUGGAAAGAAAGCAGACUUAGUAGCACGUCUUCAAGCAUCCGAUGAUGGAAAAUUGAUCACUGAACCCGAUGCUCCCAUUGUUCCCAUCCCCUCUGUUGAAGCUGGCCCUUCUACUACUUCUGAUGCACCGCCCAAGAAAAAGAGAGCUAAGAAGGAAAAGAGUCCAGAUGUUGUGAUUGAAGGUCAACUUGCUUCCGAAGUUAUCAUUUACCAGAAUAUUGAUACACGUACUGGAGAGAGACGUGAGAGAGAAUUUAUUCCAGAGCCUGAUGCCAAGUUUAAGGAUAAGGUUAAGCGGAUUCGAAAGGAGCGGAUGUUUAUGUUAAAUAGACAGAGAGUUGUUGAUGUGAAAGGAAAAGAACGUGAGGAUUUCGAUAUUGCUGGUAGUACUGGUAAUAUUUAUCAAACCAAGAUUGGACGUUCCCCAAGUUGUACUUGUAUGGAUGCAAGAACUCGUGGUCAGAAAUGCAAGCAUAUCAAUUAUGCAUUAAUCAUCAUCUACAAAGCACCAAUGUAUCUCUGCUAUCAACAAGCAUUCUUAUCUCAUGAACUCGAAUACAUCUGGUCCAACGCACCGGUCACACGUGCCCCUGACGGACAUGACCACAACGAGCCUGAGGAUGAAACUAUAUACAAUGGCAAACGCAAACCUAUCGAAGGUGAAUGUCCUAUCUGUGUCUUUGACAUGGAUCCCGCUACUGAAGAGAUCGUCUGGUGUAAAGCAGCUUGUGGUCAAAAUUUUCACAAAGAUUGUUUUGCUCAAUGGAAAGCUAGCAAGCGAGGUGGACCCGUUACUUGUGUUUAUUGUCGUAGUCCAUGGCAAGAAGAUGAUUUUGCUCCUAGACCUGUUCCGGGUAGUUUGGCUGCACUGAAGGAUACUGCACCUAAAGUUGGUAGUUAUAAGAAUAUUGGUCACAUGGCUAUAUAUUCUCAAGCUGCGGCGGAGGAGUAA